ACUCAUUCUUUGUAAACGCGUGAAGCAACCACGAGUAGGGUGUAUAAUCAUGACAAUUACACGCCUAGGAAUUUAGCUGAGGAAAGACCAUUACUCUGUUAACUGUGGAAUUGAAUUCUUUUGACGAAUCGAGGAAGAUUGUUGCUGAGCCCCAAAGUGUUCCUGCACAGUUUGCCUGAAUUUACUGCUUUCCAAUCACCUAUUGCAGAGAUGGCUGAUGAUGUAACAGUGGAUCCUUCGUUGCGGAAAAAGUUGGAAGAGAUAAAGAUAUUCGACGAGCCAUCGACGGUAAUGGCCGGUUCAUCAAAGGUUAAAGAGCCGAUGGGACUUAAGACAUCACUCCAAUCACAGAAAGAGAUGUCUGGUUUAUCCCAGGUCAAAGAGCUGACAGAAGUAAACCUACGAGGCCAGGCACCGAUAGAAUUAAAGUUUCCAAGCAAGUUGAAUGACGCCCUUUCCGACACACAGAGACUACAUGUUUUUGACCGUUAUGGAUGGUAUGUGUAUAACAGACAUGGAAACACCGAUCGCUACCUAAAGCUUAAACGGUAUACUACCGAUGUCUCUGUUAUUAGAUAUGAAAUUGAAUAUCAUAGGCAAAUAUAUUGGACUAUCGAUGACGACGGAGCUUGGAUAGUAUUUGAAAACGACAUACCACUAAAUCUCCUAGAAAUUAUCCCUGCACUGGUCCCAUUGUGUCAAAAAGUGGAACAUAUUACCAUUGGCAUUGGCAGAGAUCUGGAAAGUGAUACGCAUGGAUCACAACCUAUCGUUCCAAUGAGAUCUGUCCUCGCCUUUUGCCUUCACGCAACUGUUGCAUCACUCCAUGACUCAUUACAGAUCGUCAGUAGGUGUUUUCCAAAUGCAAAGAGUCUUGUGCUGGAUUUCGAAUUCGCAUUAUUUGAAUCCGCUUCCAGACACCACUCUGGCAUCCCGCUGUCUUCACUGAGAAGAUUGGAAUUACGUAUCCUACGUUACCGCAAUACUCUUGACAACCUCUUUCUCUUGCUUUCUUCUUUCUGUCAAAACAUUGAAUUCCUCACCGUCACAAGUUAUAGAACUCUCAAAUGGGAGAUUUCAAGGACAGCCAUUACAGAAUGUAAAUUACCUAAUCUGACUGAUAUCCAUCUUGAAUCUCGUUGGUCUGACGAGCACUAUGCACUCCAAAUGAUAACAGACUUACUACACUUAGGUCGUACGAUGAGUCCUAGUUUGAAAUUUGUCAAAGUAAAAAGUGUAGAGCUAGGAGAUGUAGUAAUGAAGAGUGUUGAAUGGUCCCGUACAUCAUCAGAUUGUGGGUUGCAGAUUCAAGGUGCAUCACUACUCCCAGAAGAGUUGGCUUUUAGAUACGCAUUGCGAAAGUCAGCGGCUGGACCCAUAACCGAGUUAAUCGAUAUUACAACCAGUGAAUUUAAAGAGGUUACUGUCCUUACACUUGUCAGUUGCAAUAUUGAUAUUGGGCAGUCUGAACGUAAGUCCCCUCAAAGCCCGAAGGAACUUGGUACACUGCGGGAAAUCAGGUUCGUUGGUUCAGAAAACCCACUUUCCGAAUCUGACAGGAACAAACUUUCGGAGUUGUAUCCUAAUGUCAAAGUGACUGAAAAACAGGAGAGUCAGGAAUCAUCUGAAGAAUCUCAGGAGGGUGCAGGGAUACCUUCCAAGUUGGACAAAGCCUCCUCUCAAUCACUAAAAACAUCUGCCAUAGAUGAACUUGUUGAGGAAAAGGUCAAAUUUCAUGUAGAUACAGCGUCACAGAACCUUAAAGGUGGAGAAGAAGAAAUCUCAUGGCAAAAAAAAGGAGAGGAAUUUGACGUCAACAAAGGAAGCCUGUCAAAUGAAUCAGGUUCUGUAGGAGUAGUAAUCAGGAAAUAA